AUGGUAGAUACUGGUAACGCUGAGGUUGCCAUAUCGUGGUGGGAAAAAGGAGUGCAGAAGGAGAAAGAUGGUUCCAUGAAUGAUGCAAUUAGGUUUUAUAGGGAAGCCUUGAAGACGCAUGAAGGUGUCGAGAAAUUGUACAGAAAGAAGCUGUUUGAAGAACAUGAGUUAGAAAAGAAGUUGGAACAGUUACGUUUGGACUCUAUAGAUUCCAGGAAUGAUACUGUCUCACCAGGGGAUCAAGCGCAGGCGGAUGAAGAUGAGGAUGAUUCCCAAAGGGAUCCGUGUUGGUUACUAGAUAUUUUACCACCAGAUGUAUUAUCAAGAAUUGUUCACUACGUAGUUUUACAAUCAGGAGAAUCGUGGCUAAACCUUUCGUUGACCUGCUCCACUUUCAAUCGUUUGUGUUUCCACGAAAUGGACCCCUACAGGACAUUUGCCCGUAUGAUCUAUCCCAAGCAGCAGUACGAUGAGAUGGCUAUGGACCUGAACGGUAUAAGUAAUAUAGGAAUUUGGGAAAAAGAGUUUUGGGGUCCCAACUAUCGUAAGAUGCUUAUGGAAAGACCAUUUGUGAAGUUCGGAGGCAUAUAUAUCAGUGUCGUCAACUACUUGAGAUACGGUGCAAAUCAAGACGGCUCGAGAUCAUGGAUGAAUCCAAUUCAUAUGAUAACUUACUACAGAUAUUUCAGAUUCUAUCCUGAUGGAGGCUGCUUAAGAUUGUUGACAACCGAUGAACCAUCCAUGGUGGUACCACAUUUCUCAACUGAUACACCACCAAGAAACAGUGAGAUGUGCCGUUGGUCACUAGGAUUCGACCAUGCAUUCGGGCAUUUAACCAUUACCAGAUCAUCAAGCAAAUACACAUUCGUUGAAGAACUGCAGAUUAAGGAUCAGGGAACGAGAAUUCACCAGAGAUUAAAAUGGCUCAGUUCGGUCAUUAUCGAUAAGGAAGGUGAAGUCACAGAAUGUUCUAUGAAGAAAGAAAAGCCUUUCUUCUUCUCAAGAGUGAGAUCGUAUCUACCAUCAUCAACAAUGUACUGA